AAACCAUCUUCUUUUAAAACAUUAAGAAAUUCCAAUAUAAUGUACAACUUAAUGAUUUGAUGCACAAAGGAAUAGGACUGAAUACGAGUUGUCCAAUUGCUGCAUUUGGAUACUUGUACCACUUAAUCACCUUCUUAAGCCUAUAGCUACAGGGAGGUCUUCAGCAACAGUCAAAACUACAACUACUUAAUGAAAUUCUUUCAUCGUUCUUUCCUUUAACUAUUAUUUUCAAAACCCCAUCUCAAAACUUUCUUUCGAGACCCAUUUUGGCUUUCAUCAUCACCAAUUAAUCUCUCUUCAUAUAUUGAUAUCGAAAUGAAGUUCUUUAAUUGGAUGCAAAGUAAACUCAAUGGUGGGCAAGAGCAUAAGAAGUCGCAUACAGUCACCUCUACUACUCUUCACGUGAAACAAGACUCUCAGAAAGAAGAAUUCAACGAUUGGCCUCAUGGGUUGCUGGCAAUAGGAACGUUUGGAAACAAUGAUAUACCAACUGAAAAUGAAGAAAUCGAAGAUAAUACAGAAGUUACAGCAUCAUCGUCUCCAGAUCUAUCUGACUUCACACCUGAAGAAAUCGGAAAACUACAGAAGGAGUUAACAAAGCUUUUGUCGAAGAAACCUGCUGCUAAUAAACAAGGAGAAAUCAGUGCUGAUCUUCCAUUGGAUAGAUUUCUUAAUUGUCCAUCAAGCUUAGAAGUUGAUCGUAGGCUUUCAACCACAGUUAUCACUAAUCAAGACGAUAAAGAGGAAGAUAUUGAUCGCACAAUUAGAGUAAUUCUUGGUAGGUGCAAAGAUAUUUGCAUGGAAAACAGUAAGAAAGCAAUCGGGAAAAAACACAAAUCAAUUUCUUUUCUCUUGAAGAAAAUGUUUGUAUGCAGCAGCGGUUUGCCUCCAAUGCCUAGCUUGCAAGAUCGACUUCCAGAAUCAAGAAUGGAGAGGUUAUUAAGAGCAAUGCUUAAAAAUAAGAUCAAUCCUCAGAACUCUUCACGAGCAUCAUCCACAAGGAAACUUAUCGAAAACAGACAAUCACCGAGGAAGGGGAAAGGAAAAGCAAUAGAAAAACAGGAGGAUGACGCAAAUGAUGGCUCGAAAUGGGUGAAAACUGAUUCCGAAUAUAUUGUGUUAGAGAUAUGAAUAUGAACAACACCAUUACUGGAUAUCUACUGAAUCGUAUAUUAUUUAACACUUUAUAUAAGAGUGAUUGGGCUCUUGCGCAAUAGUUGCCAUCUGAUCAGGAGCAAAGGAUAGAGGGACAUAUACUUGAAGCCUUCUACUUUUUGUGCUUGGAAUCAUGUCUAUGGGUUUAAUACUUUGUUAUGUUAUAUUGUGGAGCAUUCUUGAAGUUCAUAUAUGCUAUCUUAUGAAUUCAAAGGCUAGACAUUGAAAUU